AAAGGAAGUUGUUGAAGGUAAAUAGGCAAUAGAAAGGUUGUAGUUUUGGAAUGUGGGCAAGUCUGUUCUUGUACCCGACAAGAGGUCCGACGCCUCGUUGACAUGGGUAAAAAGACAAUUUCAAAAGUACCCGUCAGCAAGUUGGUGUGGCAGUGGACAGAGAAUGUUCCUCCUGAUCAGAUAACUGAUGAACAUUUAUAUACAGCCUACCAUCUGAAACUGGGCAAAUGCAUCGCAUGUCGGAAAAAUUGCUCCAGUAAUCCUAUUUGUCUAAGAGGCCUUGGCGAAGGUUUCUGGCUUCGGGAUGGUAAUUAUCAAAAUGUGUUAGAAGAUGAUGUCAAGGAUAUAAAAAGUGGAGUACGAAAAGAUGGAGAUUUUGUUGGAUUAAAAAAUCUGGGAGCUACCUGUUAUGUUAACACUUUUCUGCAACUAUGGUUUCAUAAUUUAUCUUUUCGUCGCGCAGUUUAUAGUUAUAAAGAAAACGUCACUGAUGAUCAAAAAGCCGAAAGUAAUUCCAAAUUUCCACACACAGUGUGUGGGCAUCUUCAAUUAUUAUUUGCCAUGUUACAAUGUGGUAAAAGAAAAAAUAUAGAUCCAACAUCUUUUGUUAAUUGUCUUGGAUUGGAUACUGCUUUGCAACAAGAUGCGCAAGAAUUUUCUAAACUUCUGCUCAAUCUACUUGAUCGUACAUCAAGUGUUGGGAAUUUUCUUUGUCACGAAUUUUGUGGCGAAUAUGACUACUGUACUACUUGCAACACUUGCGGUAAUGUUUCAAAGUGCCCCUCUAAAUUCUACGAACUGGAUUUGUCUAUACAAGGACAUAAAGACGUCAUUCAGUGCUUAAAGGAGUUUUUCAAAGAAGAACAACUCAUUAAUGAAAACCAAUAUCACUGUGCAAGCUGUGACUGUAAAAGAGAUGCCUCACGUAGGAUUGUCAUUAAAGAAUUACCUCGAACUCUUAAUUUACAGCUUCUGAGGUUUGUGUUCGACAAAAAAACUUGGAACAGAAAAAAGCUUUCUAGUUUUUUAGCUUUUCCUGACACACUUGACAUGUCAACAUUUGUUACAUCUGAUAAUGUAGCUGCCAUUGAUGCAGUUUAUGAACUUACAGCAGUUUUGAUUCAUCGCGGACCGAGCGCGUCUUCAGGCCACUAUAUCGCUCAUAUUAAGGACUCUACGACACAGUUUUGGCACAGAUUUAAUGACGAGGCUAUCGAGAAAAUGAGAAGUGGCAAAAAAUUGGAUUUGGAUGCAUUAACUACUGAUGAUUAUCAGGCAGAUAUGCCUCAGCCAGCAAAAAAGCCAAAGCUAAAUAAAGGCACACACUCAUCAAAAGAUGCAUAUAUGCUUGUUUACACAAAAAAACAACAGAUGUCAUCUUCCAUUGAGUCACCUCCUGGAAUACCAGAGCUCGCCAAAAUUACUGUAGAAAAAGACAAUGCUGAUUUUUUUGCUUGUAUGAAUGCAAUGAUAUUAGGAGCUGAAAAAAAAGCAUCUGAAGAAACAAAGAAACAUUCUGUGAUGGGAAAUCUUCUGAAACAAAUGGUUGAUAUGGAACAGGCGGAGCUACUUUCAGAUUGCUAUUGGGUACCGACAAUGUGGUUAAAACGCAUGUUAAAUGUAUCCGCUGGCGUGAAAAAUAGCUUUUCAACAGAUAAAAUAUUUUGCACCCAUAAGAAAUUGGAUCCACACAAAGUGGGUGGGAUGAAAUGCAUUCCAAAGAUUUUAGCAGACCACCUAUUUGAAAUGUACGAACAGGAAACUCCCCGUAUCACAAACCAAAUGCUUUGUCUUCAAUGCGUAAAAGAACACUGUUUUUCACUUCGUCUUAAGUCAAGUUUAAAAGAAGAUCAAACCACUGUCAGUAAGCUUUUGAAAGACUUUUCUUCAACUGAAGAGAAUGAGUAUUAUUAUAUUGGUCGUUCUUCAUUGCAAUCCUGGAAAGCAAUGGCAACAAGAAUAUUCGAAUUGAAAAAUCGAAAUAAUCAAAUUAUACAGACAGUACAAUCAAAUGAAGACAAUGAUGAAUGGAAUAGAAGGAACGAAAAUGAAGAUAGUUUUGAAAGUAGUGAUGAAGACUUUAAUUUCAAUGAAGAUUUACUGUGUGAGCAUGGUAACUUUACUACUGAUUAUAAACAGUAUCGAAAGGUGUCUUCAUCAGUGUGGAAUAUUCUUGUUAAAUAUUUUCCUGAUGCUCCUGUAUACAAAACCUCAAGUGCUACGCCUUGUCACAUCUGCAAAGAUAAAGAAUACGAUGCUGAGCAGGCUGCAGAACUUAAGAAGAUGGUGGCACAGGAACAGAAGUCUUGCCUUCACAAUCUUUUUCUCAAUAAAAACAGACCUAAUUAUGAAGAUUUAUAUGCUAUAAAUGAUUCUUCAUUUUAUAUCGUUUCUGCUGAAUUUGUGCGGAAAUGGAGAGAAUAUGUCAAAUAUUCUUCAAAAAACGAGGUAGUGUCACAGGUACGGAACAAAAUAUUGAUAUGCCCUCAUGAUAAGUUGCUAUGUGAUCCUGUCAUUUCUUUAAAUAACUUUGACAAUUAUGAUAAAGAUGAUAUAAGCACUAUGUUACUUUGGCCAGAAGAGUGGGGUUAUUUAACAAAAAACUUCAUUGUGGAUGUACCAAUAUCCAUACGGAAACAUAUCAUGGUAUCGGAAGAACAGAAUGGGGUAAAAAAACAUGAAUGGUGUGAAAUAGAGCACCAAGAAGGUACUAUUUUGAAAGAAGUGCCAAUUGCUCCAUCCUCUCAUGCAACUAAUAUCGAAUCUAACAAUAAUGUUCCUCAAGCACCAAUAGAAAACGGAUCAUCAACUGAAAUCAAGGUAAAUAUUACUCCUGUUGUAAUUCUUGAUCAGAUUGUAAAUGAAAAAUCAAGCCCCAAAGUUGUACUUCAUUUUACACCCGAACUCUGUCAAGAUUGUAUUGUUGGCAGAGCAGUCCAGAAGGAACAUAGUCUGCGUAAUUAUACUGAUCGUGAAAUUUAUAUUAAAAAAGUGAUUUUAGACAAGAUGAAAUCUUGGAGCAAUGAGUUCAAAAAACCUUCUCAAGAAAACUGUGUUCGGAAAAGUAAGAGAGCUCAUACAACUCCAGGGGGAAAGAAAAUUACAGUGUCUUCAAACUGGACUUUAAAAGAGCUAAAAAUCAAAAUCAUGCAUAUGUUUUCUGUUCCACCAUUUGAUCAGAAUCUCUGGCUUGAAGACAAGAUACUAACGGACAAUAGUGCUACACUUGGUUCUUUGUCAGUGUUACCGAACUGUACCAUUAUAUUAAUAGCUGAUGAACCAGAUGAUAAUGCUCAAGAAAUGUUGCCUGUAAUAUCUAAUAAUGAUCAAGUUUUAGAAGAAGGAUUCAAAGGCACAAGCUUGCUCACUAAUUCUUGAAUUAUUUGGUAUUAAUAUGUGAACAGCAUUCCAUGUAACCAAAUGUAGAUUUGGUCAUUGCCUCUUAGUGGAGCCAAAUGAAAAAAGGUGUACAAUUUUUCACUGAAAGUAUUUUUAAAGUGAAACUAUAUGGAGCCCUCAGUAGUGGGAAAUUAUUCAAGAAUUAACUUCUAGGUGUGGUCAGUAGUCCUUGUAUUUCUUAUACCCCACUCUCUUGUAUUUCUAAUAUGGCCUAUUUUUCAUACAAAAUCUCAUUAAUUACAAAUUUAAUAGAUCGAACAGCUCUAUAUAAAAAGGCAAAAGAAUAAAUAUUGGAAAAAUUAUAAACAAUAUUGGUAAAGAUCUCAAAUAUUCUGUUGGAUACGUGAAGCUGAAAUUAUCCAAAUUCUGACUUUUUUUCAAAUUGUUUGUUUCAUCUAUUGAUUAAUUAAUAUUUAUUUGCAAUAUUUGGUAGAAAGUUAAAAAAAUAUUGUUAUGCUAAUGUGCAAUUUAAAGUUCUAAAUGAACUUGUUUUAAUUGAGUCUUUUAUAUCGGCAACAAGGUACCUUUGUUUGCAGUUCAUUGUUCAUUUAUUAUUACUGUAAUUAUUACCCAUAGUCAAUUAUUAUUAGACAAUCAUACUUUUCAUUAAGACUGUGAGCUUGCAUAUACCUGAAAGUUCUAGGAAAUCGGUGAAACGUUAUCUAUUGGAAUAUUACAGUAAAUCAUCGAAGACUAACCAUCUGUGUAUUAUGUCUUUCGAAGAUAUGUUUUUGUGUUAACUUUAUUGAGGCAAUGCUAGACUGGUAAUAAAGAUGAUUGUAGUGCUAUUUAAAACAACUUGAAUACAUGACAAGUGGCUAAUUAUACCAUUAAUAUCCUGAUGUACGCUUAGGUAUACAAAGGCUAAUGCAAUGUUUUAAAUCUGUGCCCGUUUCAGCAAUUGCACAUCGUUAACUAACCACGUAGAGUCUAAAUAUAAAAGUUCUAUAGGAUUGUGUAUUUUAAGUCACUUACUUGAAUGUAAUUUAUUUUUUGAGGACAUCUUUUAAUCGACAAAAAAAAUUGAAUGUUUCAACAAUGUCAGCAUCUACCUCCAACACUACCAUUCUGAAUAGUUAUCUAUCAUCCACCAAUUAUUUUAGUGAUCUGUUAUAGUUAUCAUUCUGAAAAUUUUUCUUAUUCUCAUUUUGUAACAUAAAAUGAUAAACAGGUGGCUUUUGUACUCUUAUCCCAAUUGUUUUGAAGCGUUCUCCAGGGAAUUUCAAGUGUUGGUCAAUGGUCAAGUACCUUGACCUGAUCAAGUUCGAUGACUAUUAUCUCUCAUUUUCCAUCUGCCAUUGCUUUGCUCAUAUCUUUACAAAAGCCUCUUAUGCUUCAUAGCAACAUUUGGUUGGUUUUAAAUGCUUUAUUUAAAGGCUUUGUCAUUGAUCAAGUAGUAAGUUUGUUCGAUGUGUUAAAAAGGUAUUUUGGGGGUGAAAAAACAAUUUAAUAUUUAGAAAUCAACUUUUAUGUAAAAUGAUUUGUACUCUGCAAUAAUGUUUUGUUUCACUAUAUUGUAAGUCUGGGAACUUCUCAUGGAAGUUCUAAAUUAUUUUGGAUUCUCAAAUUUUUUUAGAAUUUACUGGUAUGUGUUAUCCAAAUCUCCUUCAAAAGAUUUUUUCUGCAAAUAUUGUUUCGUUUAUUUUACCACAACACUGUUCAUUUUUUCUGGUGUUGCUUUCAUUCCUGAUUAUUGAUGUUGUUGUCGUCCGGUUCUUUUUCUAUUAUAG